AUGACAAGCAACAAAGUAUUAUUUAAUUUAGUUAUAUCAUUCAUUACAAAUAUUACAUCUAGUAGUAGUGGUAGUAACGUAGACAACAACAAUGGGUCAAUACUAAUUCAAUCAAAUAAACAUAGAAAACAAGUAGGAGCAGCAGGAGUAAAGAGUAGUAGUAAAUCGAUUGGAGUUGUUAUUGGUAGUACUAGAAAAGGUAGAAUAGGAAAAGAUGUUGCUCAAUGGGUGAUUGAACAAUCACACAUUGAACCAAUACUCAAACAAUACACCAAUAGCUCAUCAAGCAAAGUAGAAUUGAUCGAUUUGUUGGAUAUCAACCUACCCUUUUACGAUGAAUCUCUAUCACCUGCAGAAUUAAACGGUCAAUUAUCUUCAGAGAAUGCUCUCAAGUGGAGUAAAUUAAUGUCAAGCUAUGAUGCAUAUAUUAUACUUACUGCUGAAUAUAAUCGAGGCCCAGUUCCCGUAUUACUCAACGCAAUCGAUUAUUUAUACGCAGAGAUUAAACAGAAACCAAUGGUAUUGAUUAGUUAUGGAUAUACACAAGGAGGUAUAAGAGCCAAUGAACAUUUAGCAGACAUGUUGGAGAAUAGUUUUCUCUCAAUGAAGAUACUAUCAAGAUUACAUUUACCAAUUAGAGAGGAUAUGUUUGUCGUCAAAUCAUUUGAUUCAAAUAGUAAUAGUAAUAGUAAUAGUAAUACAAGAUACAAACAACUAAAAGAUAUUAAUAAUAGUUUUAAACCAUACUUGGUCGAUUUAAAUCAAUCUGUGGCUCAGUUAUUACAUUUUAUUUCAUCAUAA